AUGCAUUCCAAAAGGUGUACAUGUGACUCUUGUGAUGGCGUUCAGGCCUGUUCAGGCAACAAAGAGUACAUCAGCAAAUUCUACUACCAAUCAAUCCCGUUCAAAGAAAUCAAGGUCAUCGCCGCACAACUCCUACCAACUUCUGUUUCCAAGCUGCUCAAGUCCAUCUCCAAAGCCAUGUUUGACGGCUCGUCUAAUCAUCUCCAGUUCAACCUUACUUGGAUCAACACUAUACUUCUCAUGGACGAUACCUCAAGAACCAUUCCAACAAGGUCGCGCCGACGAUGCGCUCUGUCCAAGAUGCCCUCCUCAACUCCUAUUCUUCCGUAUCUAAAAUAUUAA